GCACACUUCACAGCUACAGCAUCCGCGAACUGAAGCUCAUUCAGAGCAGCACAGCGUCUUGGCCAUGUCUGGGUUCGGUAUGGGAGGCAUUAAAUAAUGUGUCACAUCCACAACUAGGACAUCACUAAAUCAGAUUGUGACUAUUAGAUCCUUCAACUAUUAUUGGUUUCAUGGAAUCCCGACCUGCUUUCCUUCAUUCCCCUGGAAAUAAUGAAGCCAAGGCAUGCUGGGAAUCUGAGUCCCAGCACAGAAAGGGAAACCACUCUCCUGGAACCAGGACAAGACUUGGAGAGAAUCAUGGGAUUGAAGUACAAGCUAAAGAGCAGGAGGAGAGAUCCACCUCCAGGGAAUCCGCCGGCCAUGUGAAAACACUAAAACACAAUGCAUUAGCCACCGCUGCUAUUCCAGCCGCAGAACUGCUCCCUGCAUCCACAGCUGCAUCAAAAAUACCCACCAUGCACUCAGCGACAACCAAGCAGGUCACUGCGGGAAAAGCCAGUUCAACUGCUACGACUAAAACGGCAUCUAAAAAAACAACCAAAACAACUGCACUUGGAGUGGAGGUCUUAAGUUUAUCCAGCCAAACUGGACCCAGUGGGACAAAACCAAGAUCCCCAGAUGUGAGCCAUGAGAAGAAGCUACAAGCGAGUGCAAAAGCAUUUCCCAAUAACAUGCAAAAAACUGCCUCAGCAUCUCAUAUCAUGGGCUCCACAGACUCCCCACAAAAGACGCUUCAAAAAACAUCGUCUGCUUCCCAGAUUUCCUCAACCGACUCUCCCAAGAGUAUCAACCGGACUCUCUCGCACAUUCCUAGAGCUACGUCCAGCCCCAAACUUAAACCGCCCUAUCCUGCGUCUCUCAAAGUGGACAAAACCGAGCGGAAUAGAAGAGUCACAAGCAAAGAGGGACUGCUGUCGACGAAUUCUCCAAAAGAUAAAAUGAUUGACAUAUUGGUGGAGAGCAACCUGCAACUGGGGACGAAAGCAGCAAUGGGGGAGAGCCCUCAGGGACGAAAGGAGCAAGAGAUAAAGAGCGGGAACGAGAGAGAAGCAGAGAUGCUAAGAGACGAAAUAAAAGACGCUGUCCUUCUGGGACACAGUUUUGGAGGAAGUGACGUCAUCUCAAACUUGAAAGGUUGCAAAGAAAUGUCCUCUCUGUCAUUGUAUAGUGCCGAAAAGCUGAAAGAGCCAGAAGACAAGACUGACGCAUAUGUCAUGACCCAAGAGAGACAUGCAGGAAAGAGUCAGAGGCUCUGGGAAAAGAAGGGAAGGGAGGAAGCAGAGAGCGAGGAGAAGAGGAACACAGGAGAGAGAAAGGGGGAAGCUGAGGUUAAGAAUGUCAAAAUGGCGACUGAGGUCAAGAAGGAUACUGUAAUGAAUGAAAAGAAUAAGAUUCCGACACCCAAGAACUUGAAGGAUGCAGUGACAAUGACAGUCGAAGGUUUCCCAGUGACCGAAAUGAAGGAUGCAGCACUGCAGGCGGAUCUGAAACUGGUGUACGUUGAUGUCGAGGUCCAGGCGGUUGUGGAGGUCUACAGCAGAUCCACAGUCACGAGCCCAGUCCACAACGUUCAAUCUUGUCAGUUGAACCAUGAGAUUGACCUCAACUCUAAAGCUGGCCUGCACAAUGAGCUCAACCCUGACAGCAACUCGGACUCUGAUUGGUUGCCGACUGUAGCCUUACUGGACCCCAAACCAACAGGAGCCAAGCCUAGAUUUCUAGGUCCACCCCCUUACAAGUCUCCCAAUAGCCAGAAACCACUUCAACACAUCUGUCAAAUAGAGAUUGAGCUUCGUAGCCAGUUUCCGCAACCUCUCGGUUCGGUCCCCCCCCAAGUAACUGUCAGUGAAUUUGACUCAACUGGUCAAUUGUUGCCCGAGGUGGCGGAGAAGACCUCUGGGGACUCCUUGAAGCCACUCAACUCUGGGGGAACAGCAGGGGUGGAAGGAGAAAAGGAGGAGAGCGGUGCACCUCAGGAGAUCGUCUGGGAUGAGCAGGGAAUGACGUGGGAAGUCUAUGGAGCGUCGCUGGAUAUGGAGUCCCUGGGAUUUGCCAUCCAGAACCACCUGCAGUGUAAGAUCCGUGAACAUGAGCGGCGUAUCGGCACGCUCCGGAAGUCUAUAUGCCUCUCCGAACAAUCGCCUGGAAAGGGCAGGACAGGAAAGAAGAAGAGGAACGUCUUUAGGUCGCUGUUUGCUGGAUCUAAGUGCUGCUCAAAACCACGACCCAAAGAGGAAGCAGAAAAGUGACUCAUUGUUAUGUAAAUAUAUUUUGUAGAUGUGCUACACUGGAGAAUGUAUAGCAAAAAUGUCUAAAAAUAUGUAGCCUACUGUUGCUUCAUGGAAGUGUUAGACCAGGAGUCACCAGACUCGGUCCU